CACUGCCGGCGGGAGCGCCGGUGCCAGUCCUAUUCCUACGUCGCGAGCGCCGGGGGCGAGAACGCCAGCAGCAGCGGGUGUUGGCUCAAGGGCGGCCCGCCCAUGCGCAAGGAGAUCAAGAAGGGCGUCGUGUCUGGGCAGGUGCUCGCGCACGCGGCCGCGGCGCGUGACGGCGCGGCGCCCAGCGGCUCGCCGAGCGAGCCCGCCGACGGCUCGCCAAGCGGGCCUGCCGCGGCGGCGGCCGCGGAGCCCGCAGGCGCCGCGGCGGCGGCCGCGGGGCCACAGGGUGCCGCGGAGGGC